GCGGGCGCCGGAGCCGGAGCACAGCGCUCCCAACUCCCGGAGAGGAAACAGCUGAGAGCAAAGAGCUGAGAGCAGCAGCAGCAGCAGCAGCAGCAGCAACAACAACAUCAUCAUCAUCAUCGACAACGAUGCUUUGCCGGAUGCACCUCGCUCCAUUCGCCUCCAGCUCCCUGGCCACCCGGCUGGGCACAGUGAGGACCCUCUGGCCGCACGCAGAGACCAUCUUCAGCGAGCUGCAGCAGGAGAUGGAGAAGGCUCGGCAGUUCAUGAGCAGCUUCGAGCAGCUCCUGAGCAGCCACGGACCCGUCACCGCAGAGCAGGCACCGAGCAGCAGCGCAGCCCCGGCCCAGGGCUCCGGGGAGGGCUUCUCCAUCUGCCAGGAUGUGAAGAGCUUCGCCCCCGAGCAGCUGUCGGUGAAGGUGGUGGGCAGGAAGGUGGUGCUGGUGGGGCAGAAGGAGACGCAGAGCACGGACGAGAAGGGCUCCUUCUCCUACAAGUACGAGGUGCUGAAGCGCGAGUGGGACGUGCCCGAGGAGGUGGACGCCGAGGCGCUGAGCUGCUCCCUGUCGCCGGAGGGGCAGCUGCGCAUCGAGGCCCCCCGGCUGGCCCUGCCAUCUGCUGCUGAGAGGAACGUGCCCAUCCAGGUGAGCCCCGCGGCUCCGCAGCCCGGGGCAGCCAAGGAUGGAGCUGUCAGCAAAGCCAAGGCGUGAUGGGACGGAACGGCGGUCUGCAUCGGGACCAGCAGAGGCGGCAGUGAGUCUUGGGCUGUAGCCCAGACGUCCUCCAUCCACCGUGUUUUUCACUAUACUGGAACGUUCUUCUUUUUGUAUCCAAUAAAAAAUCCUUUUGCAUAGAACCCGGUUGUGCUUCU